UUUACGAACACACAUAUUUAUACAGGGUUUGCGCAAGGCAGCUCACCGUAAAACAGACCAUCACACACAGUACAUUCCCCUUGCGUGUCUACGUGUAUUUCUCUUAUCGGAGCAUUUAAGAGCAAAUUCUUGAUCUGCGUCAUUUGAUAUUCCAUUUUUCUGCAUUUAGUAUUCGAAUCUCGACUGAUGUUACAUAGUUUAUCAUUUUACCUCGAGGCAUCACACAUGUAAGUGAAGAUUGAUGUGUCUUUUCGUUGAUCAAUGUCAAUCACGUUGUUAUCGCUGUAUUCCGCAUACGUUUGCACUUUGCUUGGUAAAACAAUUCGUUUUAAUAGGAAAUAAUUACUAUCAAGACAAUUUUCGUUUAGCGCCAAGGUCAGUGCCAUACGCAACUUUAGACGAAAAGUGUUCGGGAAUUUUGAUGACAGCUUUGUUGACUUUCCGGAUGUGUACGUCCCCUUUCAUCGCGUAAUCAUCAAGAUAUCAGUCUAUCAGUUUUUCAUCGCUUUUCUACCUUGCUACUUGAAAGGAUAAUGACAACUGACAAUCACGUGGAGGCUGGUAAAAGGAACGAUGGCAGACAACAUAAAAAGCUAUUCUGACAUCUAAAAGUGCAUUAGUGACCGGGAAAGUAAUCUACAAAUCGCCUUUUAAUUGCCUUGAUAACGACCUGAAAAAGAAGGAAAACUUUUUAAAAGUUGGCGUUACCUUUGAGUCGAUGAGUGAAGUAGUUGUGGGCAAGACGGGUCGAAUCCAUUUUCAAAGCCACCUGCAUCUUGAACACCUAAAAAGAUGGCAACGUCUUCAAGGCCUAGACCUAGCAACUUGCAAUUGAAUGGGGGUGACCAAAUUGAUGUGGUUGGAACCCCUAAAAUCCAAUGGAGAUUUCAACCCAGGGGCUUCUGACCAAACCCUCAAUAUCGUUAGGAAUAGUAACGCGUCAUCAUCAUGUCUCGAUUCUCCAUCAUCAGCAAGUGGCCGACUGUCGCCCAGAACCAACAAUCGACCGCAAGCCUUGGCAAACCUACAAUCUAUGUGCUCACGUGCGUCUACGAAGCGCAAUGCAAAAUUCACAAAGGAUAGUUUUUGUGAAUUGUUCGCGAAAUAUGAGAUGCAUCAGCUGCUAUUCCAGCUGUUUGAUGACAAAUCAAAGGGAAGGCUAGUGCAGUCUCAUUUCGUCGAUUUCCUCAACGAAAAACUAGGGAAAGAAGGCCAGGAUUUCGUAAAUUUGGUUGAUACAUUGGCCUAUGUUAUAGCAGGGGAAGCCGAUUUGGAUUUACAGCUCUUUUCUCGGGUGUUCCAAACCCAAAAGGUACUUUCCAAACUUUUCAAAUUAAUCGAUGUUGGCCGAUCCGGAAGUGUUUCCGUUGAGUGCGUAGUUGUUUUCAUCAUGGAUUUGUCCCUGCCAAGGCAAAAAAAUAGAAAUCUCAGAAAAGUGAGAUUCGAAAGUAUCGAGGAACUGUUCAGCAAUGUUAGUGGCAGGACAGAGCUCACCAUUGAUGAAUUCAAAAAGUUAAUUCCAUCAAAAGACGCGUUCUUCGCUGAGCGUGUGUUCCACAUCUUGGAUAAAGACUGUUCCAAUGGCAUCUCCACAUCAGAAUUGAGACUAGGCCUAGAGCAGUUGUGCAGUCAAUCAGCCGAGGAUAGGGUCCGUUUCCUCUUCCAAAUCUACGAUCGAGAUGGCGACGGACUGAUCCAGCUUGCAGACUUGAAAGCAGUCUUGAAAGCUUGCACAGAAGAAAACAAAAUGACUUUUAGCGAAGAACAGCUCGAUCAGCUUGCUUUAGCCCUCUACGAAGACGCUGUAGACUCUGUGGAUAGCAAUACGCCCAGCGCUAGUAAUGGACUGGAGUUUGAGCAUCUAAAGGCUCAGUUAGACAAACAUCCUGGACUUAUAGACGAACUUUCUUUCAGCUUAGAGCGAUUUUUGCUGCCAUCUAGCACGAAAAAGAUCAGGAAAACGCGAUGGUCGUCCAAUGUAAUCUGGUCUUACAUUCGAAAUAAGGCUGCGUUUAUGUCAUUCCUCGGUGCAUACAUCUUCGUAAAUCUCGUAUUGUUUACCACUCGCGCCUUUAAGUACAGGAAUGAAAACCUUCCCUACAUGGUUGCAAGGGCUUGCGGCCAGGUGCUGAAUUUCAACUGCGCCUUCGUUGUCGUCCUCAUGUUGAACCAUUGUAUCACGUGGUUGAGGCAAACUAAGGUGGCCAUUUUUCUACCACUUGACCAGCAUGUUUACCUACACAAACUCUGCGGCUUUGUUAUAGUCUUAUUCAGUGGUUUGCACACUGUCAUGCAUCUCAUCAACUUUUCUUAUAAUGUGGCCGAUCAAGUAGUUUCACCUGUUACUAAUGAAACACACUCAGCUAAAGAGUGGUUAUUCACAAUGAUUCCUGGAUUGUAUGGCCUUAUCCCCGGUGUUGCUAAUCUCACCGGUUGGGGCUUAUUAAUAAUAUUAGCGAUAAUGAUUCCGUGCUCUCUGCCUUUCGUCCGCAAAACGGGUUUUUUCGAGUUAUUUUAUUGGACCCACUUCCUUCAUUAUCCAUUUUGGGUUUUGCUAAUCUUGCAUGGUCCUCAUUUUUGGUAUUGGUUUGUCGGUCCUGGCACACUUUUUAUCAUCCUAGAAAAAUUACGUCGUCAAAGAAGACGCAUGACGGGCAAGGGCAGGACAUUCAUCAACUACACGCUCCUGCUGCCGUCACGUGUCACUCAUCUAGUCUGCCGAAAGCCCCCAAACUUCAGGUUUCGUCCGGGUGAUUAUGUCUACCUCAACAUACCAGCAAUUGCCUCCUACGAAUGGCAUCCUUUUACAAUUAGCAGUGCUCCUGAACUUCCAGACGUUUUAUGGUUCCACAUCCGGGGUGUGGGCGGAUGGACAAAUAAGCUUUAUGAGUAUUUUAAACGAGAGCAAAUCAAGCAAGAAAAUUUUCAAUCAUCAUUCAGACCAGCUUUACCUUUGGUUUCUUCCUACCGUUCCGAGUUACAACCGAACCUGCAACCCAUAAUGGAUGAAUCGGUUAUAAAUAGCGCCGAACAAAAAUCUUCGCCCGAAUUUACGAGAACUCGGAUACCCUACAGUCCCCAAGUUUCAAUUCCACUGAGUGAAGUGAGCGCGAACGAGUCCGUUUUAGGAGCUCAGACUGUAAGACAUACAGGAUACCGAUACAUGCGACACCCACCAGAAGUGAUCAAUUUACCCGUUCCGGUUGAAGAUCCUCGUGAUACUGACCUUUCAAGUGCAGCGUGGAAAAAGUGGAGCAAGAAAAAGAAUCCUCGUGAUUCUUUCAGCACGGAAACGUUGCGAUCUAGAAGAGCAAAGUCUGAGAGAAAAGUCGAAGAAAAUGUGACCGAUAAUUCUAAACUUUUUAAUGCAAUUAAAUGUGAAAUAAACUACUAACUGGAUAUAAUUUAGGGAAAUCCAUCUACUGAAGAUUAUACAUCGAAUGGAUUAGCAGUCAGGGGUAAUGAUGCUCCUAACCCGCCGCAAACAACUGAAGGUGUAAGCAUUUACCAUCCGCUGGAGAUUACCAUUGAUGGACCUUAUGGAACUCCUUCUAGCCACAUUUUCCGCGCUCAGCAUGCCGUUCUUAUCGCAGCUGGCAUCGGAGUGACUCCGUACGCCAGUAUUCUGCAAUCGAUAAUGCACCGCUAUUAUGCCAGUUUACAGGUUUGCCCAAAUUGCAAAUAUUCAUGGGCGUCACGAAUGCCAGAUUCCAUAAUGAAUCUGAAAAAGGUUGACUUUUUCUGGAUUAAUCGUGAUCAGCGCAGUUUUGAAUGGUUCGUUCACAUGCUCUCACAAUUGGAAAUGGAACAAGCUGAAAUGGGCAGUGCUUUGGGCCGGUUCCUCGAUUUGCACAUGUACAUCACAAGCGCCCUGAAGAAGACUGAUCUAAAGGCCGUUGGACUACAAAUGGCCCUCGAGUUGCUGUACGCUAAGGAAAAGCGUGAUCUCGUGACAGGUCUGAAGACUCGAACGAAUUCCGGCAGACCAAACUGGGAUAAGGUAUUUCAAAAAUUAGUUGACGAAGACAAAGGAAAGGUAACCGUAUUUUACUGCGGCCCUUCCCAGUUGGCCAAAGAACUGAAGAAGAAAUGCAACAAGUUUGGCUUCAAUUUUCGCAAAGAAAUUUUCUAAUUUUGCAUAUCCUAAUCUGUACAGUUUUAUCCGCAAUAUAUCAUCAUCGAUAUCCUUA